CGCGAUGCCCCUGUCCCAGAGCAGGCCUGGCCAGCGGCUGCCCUGCAGCAGCAAGGUGUGCAGGAACCUCUUUGGCCCCGUGGACCACCAGCAGCUCCAAAGCGACUUCCAGGACCUGCUGAGGCAGCAGCUGGAAGAAGCCCAGCGCCGCUGGAACUUCGACUUUGAGACGGAUACGCCCUUGGAAGGGCGCUUCAAGUGGGAGAGGGUCCUCCUUGCUGAACAGCAGCUGCACGGCCUGGCCAAGGCCAACGGCAGCGAGAGCCGGAGCUGCUCCUUGGUCCACAAGGUACCCGCCAAGGACCGUCCCAGCGGCAUCUGCUCCGAGGCACCUCCGCAGGACUCGGAGCCUCGGGCUGCCGGCUCCCCACAGCGCUUGAAACGCAGACAGACGACCGUCACGGAUUUCUACAACUCCAAGAGGAGAAUCAUUCCUGACAAGCCCAAACCAUGA